GGAUUUGAACUUCUAGGUUCCAAGGACAAAACUAAUAAAUGCACCUUGGCUAUUGUGUUUGGCCAAGUGGCUAACAAGGAAAAGCACUGACUGUGGCUGACUGUGAGAGUUUGAGUCACCUGCAACAGGGAGACAGAUUGUCCAGAGCCAUAUAUCUGCUGCCAGUGUGACCUGACCUUCUCCGUGCCCCCUUCUCCGUGCCAACUAUGAGUUCCUGCAACUUCACACAUGCCACCUUUGUGCUUAUUGGUAUCCCAGGACUAGAAGAAGCUCAUUUCUGGAUAGGCUUCCCCCUGCUCUCAAUGUAUGUCAUGGCAGUAUUUGGAAACUGCAUCGUGGUCUUCAUCAUAAGGAUGGAGCGCAGCCUGCACGCUCCCAUGUACCUCUUUCUCUGCAUGCUGGCAGCCAUUGACCUGGCCUUGUCCACAUCCAUCAUGCCCAAGAUCCUCGCUCUCUUCUGGUUUGAUUCCCAGGAGAUUACCUUUGAUGCCUGCAUUGCCCAGAUGUUCUUUAUUCAUGCUCUCUCAGCUAUAGAGUCCACCAUCCUGCUGGCCAUGGCCUUUGACCGUUAUAUAGCCAUCUGCCACCCAUUGCGCCAUGCUGCAGUGCUCAACAAUACCGUAACAGCCCAGAUUGGCAUAGUGGCCGUAGUCCGUGGAUCUCUCUUUUUUAUCCCACUGCCUCUGCUCAUCAAGCGGCUGGCCUUCUGCCGCUCCAAUGUGCUCUCACAUUCCUAUUGUGUACACCAGGAUGUGAUGAAGUUGGCCUCCACGGACACAUUGCCCAAUGUGGUCUAUGGUCUUACUGCCAUUCUGUUGGUUAUGGGCAUGGAUGUCUUGUUCAUCACCUUGUCCUAUUUUCUGAUUAUACGAACAGUUCUACAACUGCCCUCCAAGUCAGAGCGGGCCAAGGCCUUUGGAAACUGUGUGUCACACAUCAGUGUGGUGUUAGCCUUCUAUGUGCCUCUCAUUGGCCUCUCAGUGGUGCACCGUUUUGGAAACAGCCUUCCUCCCAUUGUGCACGUUCUCAUGGGUGAUGUCUACCUACUUCUACCUCCCGUAAUAAAUCCCAUCAUCUACGGUGCCAAAACCAAACAGAUCAGAACUCGAGUUCUGGCUAUGUUCAAGAUCAGCUGUGACAAGGAUCUUCAGACUGUAUGAUGCAGGUGACCCUUACCACCACAUUUCCCCUUAUCCUUAAUGGCUUGAUAUAACUACUUACUAAUGCUCGCUUAAUUUCAGUUUCUUAUAAGCAGUUCAGUGUUUUUCUCUGGUAAGAUCUCUAAAUUCUGCCUCAGCUCAGAGUGAUAUUUAAGGAAAUAUCAUGAUUUCCUUCCAUAGAUCAAAACAUUACUGAUAUCCUUAUUAUAUAAAAAAUUAAUUAGAAAAUCUACUGAUGCUCCAAAAAGUAUUUUUUUAAAAAUAGAGUAACAAAAAAGUGCAAUUGGCUUUAAAACAGGGGUAUCCAACCUGCAGUCCAUGGGCUGCAUGGAGCCCGGGACGGCUCUGAACACAGCCCAACACAAAAUCAUAAAUUUACCUAAAACAUUAUGAGAUUUGUUUUGUGACUACAUGUCACAACGUAUUUAAUGUGCGGUCCAGAAUAAACCUUCUUCUGUCAUUGUAGUGCAGAGAUGCCAAAAGGUUGGACACUCCUGCUUCAAAACAAGGGAAAAAUUAGCCCUGGCUGGUGUGGCUCAGUGGACUGACUGCCAGCCUGAAAACCAAAAGAUCAUCGGUUUGAUUCCCAGUCAGGGCACAUGCCUGGGUUGUGGGCCAGGUCCCCAGUAUGGGGCAUGAAAGAGGCAACCACACAUUGAUGUUUCCCUCUCUUUCUCCCUCUCUUUCCCUCUCUCUAAAAAUAAAUGAAUAAAAUCUUUUUUAAAAAAUGAAAAUUACUCUAUAUGACUAGUAAC